CAGCAGAAGUUAGCAGAAAGAAGUAAUCACAGUUACCGUGCGGAGGGCAUUUCGUUCAGACUACUGCGUGAGUAAAGAGCUAGAAUUGAGUAAGAUUGUGAGUUCAGCGUAUACGAUAGUUAUCAACGCAUAUUCUAAACGACUAUUAAUCACUUGUACAUCCUUCUCGAGGAUCGUCAUUUAAUUUUUGAUUUACGCACAACAAUUUAUUCAGUGUCGCAAGAAAAACGUCACACCAGCCUAUCAGCCAUGGCUGCUAUGUCCGUGAUUGGAAUUGACUUUGGUAACGAAAGCUGUUAUGUAGCUGUAGCACGCGCGGGAGGCAUUGAAACUAUAGCUAAUGAUUACAGUCUUCGAGGCACACCAUCAUGUGUAGCAUUCAGUGAAAAAAAUCGCAUUCUUGGUGUAGCAGCUAAGAAUCAAAUGGUGACAAAUAUGAAAAAUACUAUUCAUGGAUUUAAAAGAUUAUUGGGUAGAAAAUAUAAUGACCCACAGGUACAAAGAGAGCUUCAGAUGUUACCUUUUGAGGUAACUCAACAGCCAGAUGGAAGUAUUGGUAUACAUGUACAAUACUUGGGACUAGACCACACCUUUUCACCAGAACAAAUAACUGCAAUGUUAUUCACGAAAUUAAAAGAUAUAUCUGAAACUGCUCUCCAAACUAUUGUUAAUGACUGUGUUAUUUCUGUUCCUUCAUAUUACACACAAGCUGAACGUCAGGCAUUGCUUGAUGCUGCACGUAUUGCUGGUUUAAAUGUCCUUAGAUUAUUUAAUGAAACCACAGCUACUGCUUUGUGCUAUGGCAUUUACAAACAAGAUUUACCAGCACCUGAUGCACCCCCGAGACAUAUAGUUUUUGUUGAUUGUGGAUAUGCAAGUUUACAAGUAAGCAUUUGUGCAUUCCACAAAGGAAAGUUAAAGAUGAUAGCAAGUAGUGCUGAUAGUCAAUUAGGUGGAAGGAACAUAGAUUCUAUUUUAGCAGAACAUUUUUGUCAAGACUUUAAAUCACGUUAUAAUAUUGAUCCGUACACUAAUCCACGUGCAUAUGUAAGAUUAUUAGGGGAAGUAGAAAAACUUAAAAAGCAAAUGUCAGCCAAUUCAACGACACUUCCUGUUAAUAUCGAAUGUUUCAUGGAUGAGAAAGAUGUACAUGGUGAAAUGAAACGAGCAGAUAUGGAAAUAAUGUGUGCACGUUUAUUUAAACGCGUUGAAUCAACUUUGCGUCAAUGUUUAGAAGAUUCUAAAUUAAAGCUAGAAGAUAUUCACUCAGUUGAAUUAGCGGGAGGUUCUAGUCGUGUUCCUGCUAUUAAACGAUUAGUUGAAGAAGUUUUCGGUCGUACUGUAUCAACGACGUUAAAUCAAGAUGAAGCAGUUGCUCGGGGAUGUGCACUUCAGUGUGCUAUGUUGAGUCCCGCUGUAAGAGUUCGUGAUUUUUCAGUAACUGACAUUCAGCCUUAUCCAUUAAAAUUAACAUGGGAUCCUACUCAAGGCGAAGACGGUGAAAUGGAGAUUUUUGGGCACAAUCAUCCUGUACCAUUCUCAAAAACGUUAACAUUUUAUCGAUCAAGUCCAUUUACACUCACUGCCAGUUAUAGUACACCACCACCAUCCUACCCUCAAACUCACAUUGGCACAUGUACAAUAAAAAAUGUGAAACCAACAUCUGAAGGAGAGUUGUCAAAAGUAAAAAUAAAAGUGAGAAUAAAUCUAAAUGGAAUCCUUACUAUUGUUUCGGCAUCGCUGAUAGAGAAACGUGAAGUUGUACAACAAGAAAAAGAAGAAGAAGAGAAACAGCAACAUCAGCAACAACAAAAUAAUAUGGAUGUUGACCAACAGCAAGACAAAAAGGAUAAAUCUGAUCAAGAAGCACAAGCAAAUGAACCACCAGCACCUGAGGUGAGCAUGGAUAAAACACGACGGAACUCAGAUGCUGCUGAUGGUGGAAAAAGUGCAAGGGGUUCUGCCCCUUCCUACUCCUCCAGGAUUCUCUCUUGGCUCAGCUCGGGCGAUGAUAAGAAUGAUGAAAGUAAAGGUAAAAAGAAAGUUCCUGUUCGUACUAUUGAUUUACCAUUGGAAAUGCGUGAAUAUGGAUUUUCUCAACGUGAAUUAGAUAUCGCAAUGGAGAAAGAGGCCAUAAUGAUCGCCCAAGAUAAACAAGAAAAAGAACGAGCUGAUGCCCGCAACGCAUUAGAAGAAUAUGUGUAUGAUUUACGUGCUAAAUUAUCAGAAGAGGAUCAGUUAUCCACAUUUAUUACGGAAACAGACAAAGAAGCACUUUGCCGUACGUUAGAUGAAACUGAAAAUUGGCUAUAUGAAGAAGGUGAAGAUUGCCAGCGACAAAUUUAUUCAGAACGGUUAACACGUCUCAAAUCACAAGGCGAACCAAUCAAAGAAAGACGAAUGGAAUUUGAAGGCAGAGGUCAUGCGCUAGAAGAAUUAGCAGGAGCUUUACAACUCGCUAAAAAAGGACUUGAUCUUAUUAAAGCAUCCAGUGGAAAGGAUGAUAAAUAUUCUCACUUAACAGAAAAAGAAAUCAAGAAGGUUGAGACAACUGUACAAGAAAAAUGGGCGUGGCUGGAAGAAAAACGUGUACUUCUUGCAAGUACACCUCGCAUACAACAACCGCCCGUUACUGUAGCUCAGAUUCGCGCAGAGAUACAGCUAUUGGAUAACGUUGUAGUUUCAAUUCUAAAUAAACCAAAACCUAAAGACAACAAGGGUGCUGAAGAUCAUCAGAAAACCAAUCAAAAUAGUCAAGGUGAUGGUCAUUCACAGACCAAUCAGCAACAGAGCGAAGAAGAAAAAAUGGAGGUUGUGUAACAAUCAUCCCAUUUUAUGUGUUUUAAUACUAUUAAAUCUAUUAUGAUUAAAAUAACGAAAAUUAUGUCACCACAUAAGUCAUUUCUAUCAUGUCACAAAAGCGCCUGAUAUCUCUUUUUAGUUUACAUAUGUGAUUGUUUUUUCUUUUCUUUUCCCAUCACGAUUACUGAUGCGA